AUGGCUGGAUCCAAAAUCAAGAAGUUCAAGUACUCCAGAGGACAUCCAUCCCCAAUUUCCAGAAAGAAAUCAUCUUCCAGCAUUGCCUUGGGGCAUAGAAAUUAUGCACUCUACAUAAGCAGGGUCCUAAAGGAAGUGGUUCCCCAGAGGGGCAUAUCAUCUCGCACCUUGGACAUCAUGAACACCCUGAUUAAUGACAUCUUUGAGCGCAUUGCUAUGCAAGCCUGCAAUCUGAUGUGUCUCAGAAGUCGCUGUACCCUCACCCCUGAAGAUAUCCAGAAGGCAGUGUAUUUGCUGUUGCCUAAGAAACUAGCUAAGUUCGCAGUGGCAUUUGGAAACGAAGCAGUCCAAAGAUAUGCCCGCUCCUAA